UAUCAAAUUAAACUCAUCGAGUUUAAUCGCUGGUGAUCAUCCAUAUCUCACAGAGGAAGAAGAUCAAGGAACAAAAUUCUGAUUUGUUCGGUCAGUAUAAUUCGCUUUCGGAAUCUCUCUGGCCGUCUUCGAAACCCUAAAUCCUAUCUUAAUUUUUGAUCCUUUUGUAUUAGAGCUCAGGAAUCGGUCUGUGAUCAUGGAUCGGGAGGAAUUCGGUUUAUUUUGUUGAGAAUGUGAACUCGAAUGGUGAAAGCAGUUAGAGAUUUUAGGAGAAAGAAGCACUCUUUGAGCUCUGAGAAUCAGAUGCAGAGUGUAAUGCAUCUUCCUGGACAGAUAGGCGAUGCCCACGGCGGUGAUCCACCCCUUCACGUUGCAGAAUCGCAGCCAAUGCACAUGCAUUACAUCCAAGAGCACGAGCAUGCGCAACAACAUAACAAUGGAAAUGCGAUGGAUGAUGAUCAGGAGGAUGGUGGUGGUAGUGAGGGUAUGGAAGGAGAUGUACCGUCCGAUCACGGUAAUUCAUCAGACCCACAUGGUUCAAUGCCGUCCCGUGGCCAUGGCGGAAACCAGCUCACCCUCUCCUUCCAGGGUGAGGUUUAUGUCUUUGACUCUGUCUCUGCAGAAAAGGUGCAAGCUGUGCUUUUAUUAUUGGGGGGCCGUGAAGUCCCUCCCAGUGUUCCUACUCUUCCAAUGACUCCCCACCAAAAUAAUAGUAACAAUACUGCUAAUAGGGCCUUAUCUGAAAUCCCACCGCGAUCAAACAUUCCCCAAAGAUUGGCUUCGUUGAUCAGAUUCCGGGAGAAGCGAAAAGAGCGAAAUUUUGAUAAGAAAAUCCGUUACAAUGUUCGUAAGGAGGUAGCCCUUAGGAUGCAUAGGAACAAAGGACAAUUCACAUCUUCAAAGGCUAAUCGUGAUGAUUCUACAUCAACAAUAACUAACUGGGACGGUAACCAGCAUUGGGGUUUAGACAGUAAUGAACCUCAACAAGCAACUGUUUGCCGCCACUGUGGCAUCAGUGAGAAAUCUACUCCUAUGAUGCGCCGUGGGCCUGAAGGACCAAGGACUCUUUGCAAUGCGUGUGGACUUAUGUGGGCAAAUAAGGGAACACUUAAAGACCUCUCAAAGAGUGCUCCCUUGGCUGUGCAGAAUCCUUCUUCAAACCAGAAUGGGGAGAAUGAAGCUGCUGCUGAGUCAGAUCGGAUAGUUCUUGCGAAUGUUUCAAAUGAGAAUGAUUCUUCCUCUUGACAUCCUUCAUGGCAUUAUAGGCCUCAGUGAGAAUGUAAAUGUAUUGAGUCAUCAUCUCGGGGGAAGAUAUGGUGAAAUCCCCCUUUAUAUAAGUUUGGUGCCCCGGCCCACAUCAUGAUACAGCUUGAUAACAUAGAACCAAAAUAAUUUUAUGGGUUGAGUUUUCUUCUAAUGACAA